AUGAGCAGAAAAUCAAAAACCAAAACUAAAAACUCCUCUCCUCCGAGCUCAAAGUUCGAAGUUCCUGAAGAGGAGCAAUGGCGACUAAUCCGGGAAAGCGGUAUAUUGAAGAGGGCCUCUGGAACUCCAUCUUUUGUAGAAACGAAAUCAGAUCAGAUUAUUCAUGCUGAGGCGAUUGAGGAUGACGAUGAAGAAUGGCCUUUGGCUGAAGAAAUCUUUGCGGCAACGACGAUAGCCAUUCCCAUGUCCUUUUUGUUAUUGCUCAUGUACAUUUUGAUACACUUCCAAUAUGGCCAACAACCACGUUAUAGUGUCAUAUUAGAAAGGAUGUUGAGUGGUGUACCUAUUCUCUCAGUCUUCAUCUUUUACACUAAUCGCCACAAGCGGGAUCAGCGCGCACAGUUCUUACUCUUCAUCAUUUCUGUAGUGGCUGGCGCGCGCAUGAUUCAUCAAGUCAACUACGGCUCAUGGCUGAACAACAUGCAACAGUGCCCCCCUUUGGGCACUCUGUGGGUUUACACAAUAGUACAACUUGAUCUUGGUCCUGCGGUGACGAGUUUGUUGGUUGUUGGAACAUGGACUUGGUGGACAGGCAUGAAUUUAGUAUUCUAG